UGAAGCUGCAGAUGAAGGCUCUGCUAUGAGUCAGUGUGAGGACAGAGAGCAGGGAGCCCCUCCCUCUAAAAAAGCUCUGUCUGGGGAACCUGGACCUGGACCUGGACCUGGACCUGAGCCCAGCUGUGUAUCCUUAAAGAGCGACCAUUCAAAGGAUACCUUCUUUUAUUUUAAAGGACAACACCACUCUCCUGCAAAGAGGAUCAACAGAGGACCCUCCCCUGAACCAGGAUCUGAGCCCAGCUGUAUGUCCUUAAAAAGCGAACAGUCAAACAAUCACAUCGUUUCCUUUGGUGAUCAGCGGCCCUCUGCUGCAGAGAGAGUCAUCCUGCAGAGCUCAGAUAUUCCCAUUGGUCAGUCCAUCCAGAAGAAUAAACCAGACCUGGCCUCCAUAUUUAAGUUACUGGGGGAGAAAAUUGUCUGUUUUACGAAGAAAGAGCUGGAGAAGAUGCACAAGGGUCUGAUUUCAGAUUACCAAGAAAGCUACGAGAGUCAAAAAGAGGAAGCAGAGGUGUUGGACAGUGAGGAAGAAAAGCAGAGGAGUAUCAUAAGAGAGGCUUUUCUGCAGAUGGCAGUUGGCUUCCUGAGAGGAAUGAAGCAGGAGGAGCUGGCUGACUGUCUGCAGAGCAGACCUCCUGCUUCAGUGUGUCAGCGUAAACUCAAAUCUAACCUGAAGGAGAAGUCCCAGUGUGUGUUUGAGGGGAUCACCAAAGCAGGAAAUCCAACCCUUCUGAACCAGAUCUACACAGAGCUCUACAUCACAGAGGGAGGGACUGGAGAGGUCAAUGAUGAACACGAGGUCAGACAGAUUGAAACAGCAUCCAGGAAACCACACAGACCAGAAACAAGCAUCAGACAAGAAGACAUCUUUAAAGCCUCACCUGGAAGAGAUGAACCAAUCAGAAGAGUGAUGACAAAGGGAGUUGCUGGCAUCGGGAAAACAGUCUUAACACAGAAGUUCACUCUGGACUGGGCUGAAGACAAAGCCAACCAGGACAUACAAUUCACAUUUCCAUUCACUUUCAGAGAGCUGAAUGUGCUGAAAGAAAAAAAGUUCAGCUUGGUAGAACUUGUUCAUCACUUCUUUCCUGAAACCAAAGAAACAGGAAUCUGCAGGUUUGAAGAGUUCCAGGUUGUGUUCAUCUUUGAUGGUCUGGAUGAGUGUCGACUUCCUCUGGACUUUAAAAACAACGAGAUCCUGACUAAUGUCACAGAGUCCACUUCAGUAGAUGUGCUGCUGACUAACCUCAUCAGGGGGAAACUGCUUCCCUCUGCUCGCCUCUGGAUAACCACACGACCUGCAGCAGCCAAUCAGAUCCCUUCAGGAUGUGUUGACAUGGUGACAGAGGUAAGAGGGUUCACUGACCCACAGAAGGAUGAGUACUUCAGGAAGAGAUUCAAAAAUAAGGAGCAGGCCAGCAGAAUCAUCUCCCACAUCAAGACAUCCAGAAGCCUCCACAUCAUGUGCCACAUCCCAGUCUUCUGCUGGAUCACUGCUACAGUUCUGGAGGAUGUGCUGAAGACUACCAAGAAAGGACAGCUGCCCAAGACCCUGACUGAGAUGUACAUCUACUUCCUGGUGGUCCAGUCCAAACAGAGAAACAUUAAAUAUGAUGAAGAAGAUGAGAAUGAUCAAGAAAUGGGAUGGAGUGAGAUGAUUGAGUCUCUGGGAAAACUGGCUUUUGAGCAGCUGCAGAAAGGAAACCUGAUCUUCUAUGACUCAGACCUGACAGAGUGUGGCAUCGAUAUCAUAGCGGCCUCAGUGUACUCAGGAGUGUUCACACAGAUCUUCAAAGAGGAGAGAGGACUGUACCAGGACAAGGUGUUCUGCUUCAUCCAUCUGAGUGUUCAGGAGUUUCUGGCUGCUCUUCAUGUCCAUCUGACCUUCAUCAACUCUGGAGUCAAUCUGCUGUCAGAAGAACCAUCAACCUCCCAUGAAUCCUCAGUGACUCAGUUCUACCAGAAUGCUGUGGAUAAAGCCUGCCAGAGUCCAAAUGGACACCUGGACUUGUUCCUGCGCUUCCUCCUGGGACUUGCGCUGCAGAACAAUCAGGUUCUCCUAGAAGGCCGGCUGACAUUGACCCACACAAACCGGCAAAACAAUCAGGAUAUUGUCCAGUACAUUAAGGAGAAAAUUGAAGAGACCCUUCAUCCAGAAAGAAGCAUCAAUCUGUUACACUGUCUGAAUGAGCUUAAGGACCAUUCCCUGGUGGAGCAGAUCCAACAGUUCCUCGGUUCAGGAAGACUUUCCAAAGAGAAACUGUCUCCUGCUCAGUGGUCAGCUCUGGUCUUCAUCUUACUGUCAUCAGAAAAAUAUCUGGAUGAAUUUGAUCUGAGGAAAUAUUCUGCUUCAGAGGAUGCUCUUCUGAGGCUGCUGCCAGUGGUCAAAGCCUCCAGUAAAGCUCUACUAAGGGGCUGUAACCUCUCAGAAAGAAGCUCCAAAGCUCUGUCCUCAAUCCUCAGAACCAAGUCUUCUAGUCUGAAAGAGCUGGACCUGAGUAACAACGACCUGCAGGAUUCAGGUGUUCAUCUGCUGUCUGUUGCAUUGGAGAGUCCAAACUGUACACUGGAAACACUGAGACUAAAUGAUUGUGACCUCUCAGGGAGAAGCUGUGAAGCUCUGUCCUCAGUCCUCAGUUCCCAGUCCCCGAGUCUGAGAGAGCUGGACCUGAGAAACAACAACCUGCAGGAUUCAGGAGUGAAGUUUCUGUCUGCUGGACUCAAAAGUCCACAUUGUACUCUAGAAACUUUAAGGCUCUCAGGCUGUAUGAUCACAGAGGAAGGCUGUUCUUCCUUGGCCUCAGCUCUGAGCUCCAACCCCUCCCACCUGAGAGAGCUGGACCUGAGCUACAACCAUCUGGGAGACUCAACAGUCAAGCUGCUUUCUGCUGGACUGAAGGAUCCACAAUGGGGUCUAGACACACUGAGGGUGGAGCCUAAUGGAGUCAAAUGGUUGAGGCCAGGUCUGAAGAAGUAUUCCUGUGAUCUCAUGGUCGACACAAACACCGUAAACAGAAGGAUCCAACUGUCUGACAAUAAAAGGAAGUUUACAUUUGUGGAGAAGAAUCAGUCUUACCCUGAUCAUCCAGACAGGUUUGAUGAGUGGCCUCAGCUGCUGUGUAGAGAUGGUCUGACUGGUCGCUGUUACUGGGAGGUGGAGUGGAGAGGUCAUGUUGAUAUAACGGUGAGUUACAGAGGAAUCAGGAGGAGGGGUGGAAGUGUUGACUGUGUGUUUGGAAGGAACGAUCAGUCCUGGAGACUGAGUAUCUCUGAUGGUGCUUACACUGUGUAUCACAGUGACACAGUGACCUCCAUCUCCCCCUCAUCCUCCUCUGUCUGUAACAGAGUAGCAGUGUAUGUCGACUGUCCUGCUGGCUCUCUGUCCUUCUACAGAGUCUCCUCUGACACACUGAUCCACCUCCACACCUUCAACACCACCUUCACUGAACCUCUUUAUCCUGGGUUUGGGUUUGGCUUCUGGUUUAGGUCUAGUUCGUCAGUGUCGCUCUGUUCCCUGCAGAGAAACAUUCUCACUGCUGAACAGUUGAAUCUGAGCAGGAUAAAGUUACAUAAAUGUUGAAGGAUCAGGUCAGCAGACGAGUCCAAAGUAAUAUCCACAUUAUGACAUCACACAUUGACCUUUGUUACUGUUCCUUUGAGCUGUUUGACAUCAGUGUGUGAUCCCUAACCACUUCCUGUUUCUGUGCUUCAGUUAAUGACCUAACCUACGAUCCUCUGUGAGUUCCUUAUUUUCCAAAAUAUUCAAACUGAAAAGAUUCUUCAUAACAUAAAAAACAUUUUCUACUUUCUACUAAUAUGUGUCUCUAGUCUGUCUACAAACCCCCCAAUGAUGUGAAAAGUCCAUCCUCUCAGUCUUUAGCGUGCUCCACUUUUCAGAAAAUGUGUGCUCAAACAGGCCGUUUGGAGAUUUUCCCUUCAUGACAUCACAAAGGGCAGUAACCCCUACCCCAGGUGGGUGACACUGCCACAGCUAGGUGUUUGUUCUGCCCUCUGAGUCUGCCUUCUCACCGUAAACAAUAGGACAUGGAGCGAGAAAGACAGAGACACCCAAGCCCUUCCAGAGGGGGACGUGGUCAAACACAGCUCAUUUACAUAUUUAAAGGUACAGACAAAGAAACAGCCUGUUCUGAGCAGGGCUGAAAUAGAGGGGGUUACGAUACUCUUCCUUGGCUUUGGUACACUUCGGAGAGGUAUGCCAAAGCCUGAAGAUUAUAAUCCAUAAAUUCAUAAACAAAAUGUGAAUGACUAUUAUGACGUUUCAACUAGUGCUUGUAAUAUUUAUAAUUAAUGAAAUAUUAGGUGGGUUAUAAAACAUCAAGUAAAAUACAUUUAUAAAUAGAAAGUCAUGGGACUUCAAAAAAAGUUAACACAACAACCCAAUUCUUGCAACAGCAAAGUUGACAAACAGUAUAUGAGGCCAGAGAGACACAAACAAUCAAUAAAUUGACAAAGUCAGAUACAUGGUUGCUGCUGCUACUUCAAUGUUUCAAUGCUUCGACCCCUACAAUUGUCGCUUGCGGCUAUUUUUGAUUUAUAUCUGUUUGUACAGUUUAGUAAUGGUCUAAAUAGUAAUAGAAUUUGAUCUUAGAUGUUGUCAUCAAUGUGAAUGUAGACCAAUAUCAAAAGAAACUAGAUUGUUAAGAGCCAGAGAAUUUGAAUACCAAUGAAGAAAAUUUCCACACUAGAAUGAAAGUUUGAAUCUGUAUAUUAAAUACUCAAAAUAUGGUUCAUGCAUACAUAGAUAAACAGGUAUGACAGAUGUGAAAAAUAACAAACUAAAAUAAUAAAGUGCACACGAAAGGAAAACCCUUUUUGUCCUUAUGAAUUUGUGUCAGUGUUUGUCAUACCACACAAUGAGCAAGGAAGGGAAAAUCCUUCUAAAGUCAAAAUCACAGUCACGAUCCGGCUCACCACCCAGCCAACAGGACUGGGAAUCUGUGCAAUCUGGAAACACUGGAAUCUGUGAAUAUCUGGAUCUGAGGACAAUCUGGAAUCCGCAUUCCUCCGUGGAAUGGACCUUGGGCUGUCUGAUGAUUUCCAACCCGUCACCAAAACCUGACCUAUAAAUAAGGCCAGAUCAUUUCUCUCAAUUAUCAUUCUGUAAUCAAAUCAAUUAGGCUACAGGCUACUAUGAAAAUAAAAAGAGCUUAAUAUUUCAGUAAACCCAUAAGGCAAAUCAAAAUAUUAGUUUAGUUGUUCAACAAUUCUUCUCAGAUAUCAAAACUGUAAAUACGUUAAUAGACAAACUUUUAAAAAUAAACGUCUAAUCCAAGUUACACAGAAACUGAGUUACAUUAGUAACUAUCAUAAAUAAAAUGGCAUAAAUUGCAUAGUGCAAGUUAACAUUCAUCAACAUGAAUUAUUUCCUCACAGGACUUUAACUAUAGUAAUGUAACUUUUACGCAUUAAGACGUUUACGUGCUUAAAUAUAACUCCCUGCACUGGUAACAGUGGAGAGAAUGCACUAAAAUAGGUCCUUUUAAUCACUAUAAACAUACAAAACACAAUUAAAUUUAACAGAUAUGGCAUCAUUCAUUUAACAAAAGACCAUAGUCAGUAACAGAAUGUACUGAAUGUAUAUGUUGAAUUCUAUAACUGAAUGUUACAGAAUGUUAGAAUGUUCAAGAAUGAAGACUGUAAAAAUAAAGGACGGGACAAGGUCCCCGGUCUAGUGAAGCUUUUAUUUUUAGAGCUCCCCCUGCUGACUGGCUGCAGUAUAGGUCAUAAACGAAUGGUCAUGUGGGCGGCAGUAGCUCAGUCUGUAGGGACAUGGGUUGGGAAUCGGAGGGUCGCCGGUUCAAGUCCCAGCACGGACGGACCAAGUCCAGAAAUUGGUCUGGUAGCUGGAGGCCACUUCCUGAGCACUGCCGAGGUGCCCUUGAGCAAGGCACCUAACCCCCCCCCCCCACAAGCUCAGGAGCGCCCGCUCACCCUGAGACCUCUCCAUUAGUGCAUGUCCAUAGGAUCCUGUUUGUGCAUGUGUGUGUAUUUCAGCCUAUGUUUGUGUAGCAUGUUUACUAGACAGAGUGUAAAAACGAAUUUCCCCUCGCGGGAUCAAUAAAGUAUAAAUUCUUCUUCUUCUUCUUCUAAACCCUGCCUCCUCAAUGAUAACAGAUGGGAUGUGGGUCAAACUGUAAAGCUAAAAUACUCGUCACAUAAUUUUUUUCCAAACCUAAACUCUGCUGUGAUCAUUAGUUAUUAUCACCCUACACUGUGUUCAAGUGCUCAUUUUUCUGUGAAGUUUGUUUUAAAUAAGUUAUUUGAGGUUGAAAAACGUGAUUUUACAUCAUAUUAAACGAUGAUUGACAGCCGCCGAUCUUGCGUAGCUCUCUUUGUGAAUAGCAAAAGUUACGUAGUGAAGGAAAGCCGAGACGCCAUUGAAUUUUUCCGUUCAGUUUUUUCGUCUUUUUUGAGCUGGCAAAAUGAGUUGUUCUGCAGUAAACUGUUCUAACCGACCUGUGGGAGCUAAGGGAUCUUUGCAGUUUUUUCGGUAAGUAAAAAAGUGUGAUUUAUGUGUCAUUGGUUGGUUAAAGUCGUUAUCUAGCUAGCUAACACAUAAGCAGUCUAAGGUUAGCUGAAAUGUUGUAAAGCUAGGUUACUUAUCCGGCAUGAUUUAUCUUUUUAUUUUAUUUGAGCAAACCUAAUAACUGACAUGCUAUGUUUCUUGAUAUUGUUUUAUCAUUAUUGUGAUUUAAAUUGUAUUUAAAACCAAGAAUCGUAAUAUAAAAUCCACUCAUGCGGUUCAUUGACUGUACAGUUAUUUUACAGCAAAAAUAAAUACGUCUGGUAAGGUCUCAAAAAAGUAUCUAGGGCAAAAACAAAGCCAAAUAAUUUAAAUCUGGCCUGCAUCAUUACUAAUGUGUACAUGUUUACAGUCUGAGUGAUAAGUGGACUAUACCGAGAGUAACAGGUUUUACUUUCAUCGUGCAGACUGAAAUUCAUAGUACUAUAUACGAGGGUAGAAUAUUUCUCUAUGUAUCCAGAUAAAACUAAAGGUAAGAUCUGAUUUAAUAUAAUUGUUACUGAUUCAAGAGACUAACUGAAACGUGAACGCAAACAUCAACAACAUGCGGUGGUGUAAUGUAAUAUUAACCGAGCAUCAUGCUGCUUAAACGUGAUAAAUAUUCUGCAUUAGCUUCCACACACUACUAAUUCAACAGUCACAAGUUGAUCAUACUGUAAAUUUAAUGAUGCUCAUGCAUUUAUUUUUUAUUUCGCUUCAAUAAUCGUUAACGAAGAGAAACACCAUGAUUAAACUACAGGCUAUUGUUGCCUUUUUAUAGCCAAAGAAAACUGAACAUCCACAGCCUCUGCAUUCAAAAGAAUUUCAACAUUGACAUUUAUAUCGUCCUAUUUCUCUCUUUUCACCAACAUUAUAUUUUAAACUGGGAUUUCCUUUUUCUCUGGUCUCUGGUCUCUCCCCCAGCUCGCCCCCUCCGGUGCGCUCCUCUCCAUAAUGCGCUCGUCUCCUCCCUCUACAGCCCGCUGCUGCUACUCUGUAGGACGCUUUGAUUGGGGUACCUCACCAAUAAAAUACUAUUUUAUAUUUUAUAAGCAGUUUGCCACCACACUGCACUGUUACUCUCCAAAGGCAUAUGAGUAUGUGCGUGACAACUUUAAUAAAGCUUUACCACACAGUCACACCAUCCACACAGCUGAUCCAGGGUUUACUGUAGCAUCUUUUAAAGCACUAAGAGGUCAUGUACAGGCAAACAGAGAGAAGGGAAAAGAAACAAUCUGUGCGCUCAAAUAACAAAGCAGUCUCAAAUCUUUUUGAGGAUUGUAGGAUCUACUUUGCAUACAGUACAUCCUCUGAUAAAUAAAGUGAAGUACUUUGAUUGCAUUUCUGUGGUGUUCCUGUAGGUGACCGUGAUGCAGCCAGACUGAAGCAGCACGUUGUGAAGGUGGACGCCAUCAUCUUGUCUUUGCAGUGCUGAUUCUGAAGAGAACGCCUUCACAUAGGACUCUAAGGAAAUCAGUGCUUAAAGGAAACAGCAGUCCAGACUCCGAUGCCCGCUCCGAAGAUGCCCUCAGAUUCAGAUCCAUCAGCAACCACUGACAACAUGGAGGACUCGUCCCCUGAGCGUUUCCUGUCCUCUCUCGAUGGAGUUCUUCUCUUCAGUUAACUCUUGAAAACAGCAGCACAACAUGCCAGACUGUUUGACAAGUCUGUGAUUGAAUAAAUGGAAAUGGAAUCUCA